CGUGGUUGACUAUUUUUUGCUGAAAAUUUUAGCAUAAGGGCAUAUAUGAUGAUUUUUACAAAAUAGAGGGGCAUGUUUGACGUAAAAAAUAGUAAAGGGGCAUGUUUGAUAAAACGCCAUAAUAGAGGGACAUAUUAUAUCUAUAAUACUUUAGUGAAGGCUCAGGUAGUUCUAUUGAAGCAAUGGGCUAAAAAGUUUGGAAUCUCAUAAGCAAAUUUUCGGACAAGUCGAUUGGAUCCUAAAAGCCAGCAAGGUUGAGAAGCUUUAGCUUCCGUCGUCUCCUUCAUCCCACCUAAAUUCAGUAAUUUGUUGUUCGAAAGAGCAAUGUGGAUUGAAUUCUGUACUGUUUGCGGUGGGGACUUGAGCGAUCAGCGAUCGGUUUACGGUAAGCGAUCUGUUUUUUUUUUUCUUCUUCCAGAAUAUAAUCUAUCCUUUUCUUUGUUCUUACUCGUUGAGUCAUACUGUUUUGUGUCCUCUUAAUGCACUCUUAAUCGUCGCUUUCAAUUUCUCUAUUGCUCCUUCCCUGUUUGUUGUAAGUUGAUAACCUUGACCUGAGUGGAAAAGUGGAUGAAACAGUUCGUGACAGUUUUUGCUUUUUUGGCUUUAGGGUGUAGAUGAAUCAUGAAAGGGGAUCAUCUGCGUAGGUGGAAACUGGAAACUUCUGUUCUGGUUAUUUCAUUCAAGUUUGUUGGCAAUUUUUGGAGUUGUGUUCUGUUGGUUAUAGUUGGCCUUUUUUUUACUAGGCAAAUGAUAACUCAUACUUUCUAGUGCCCUUCUGCUAUCCAUCUCUAACUUACCACUAGAUUUAAGUGUUUGAUUCCCGAAAGACAGACUUAAUAUUGCUAGAAACUUAGUGUCUGUGAUGCUAUAUAGCCGCACAACUAGCUGUUCCUGGGUUUUGCCCUACAAAUGUGAUAGAUCAUCCCCAGUGCAGCUUAUCCAAAUGCCCAAUUUAUGGUUGGGGUGCAAGAAAAGAGAUUUGCGUUAAAAUUAUGUGGUGGGUGAUUUUUGUUUGCAAGUUACAUCUCUGAUUGCAUUUGGUUGCCAUCUGCUCGAAUCCAAACAUAUCAAAAUGUUACCUAUAGGAGUAACACAAUCAAAAUGUUGCAGGCUUUGGAAAUCAAGAUAUAAUGAUCACCUUGGACUUCACAUAUGCUUGCCGUGAUGAUUACUAGUUUGUAAAGCACUAAACUACCUUGAGACUGCAUGUUGGAGCUCAUGAUAAUCCGGAAACUCUCUGCUACCACAAAUAAAACUAGGGAUGAAACUCCUUUAAACUGUGUUGUGGCUCCUUUGAGUAUAUCGCACAAAUGAGAUCAUAGUAGAGGGAGAAGGUUGAAAGAAGGAAAAUGGUCACUGGCAAGCAAGUUGCAGCGUACACUGGAUAUGAAAACAUUCUCAGGCUGUCUUUCAGAACAAAGAAAUGGGCUGCACAAAAGGAGACCAGCAUGGAAGCUAUGGAAAGGAAGAGUGAUGUUAAACCCCAAAUUAGCUUCCGAGGAAGUGACUUGGCGAAAUCUUUGUGGUCAAAGCGGGAAGUGAGGAUGGUAAGAAAAGUUACAAGCGAUGUUACGGAUAAGCAGAGGGCAACCAACGAUGUGAUGGCAAAGACAUUAAAAGCUGGCUCCUGUUCAAGAACAGGGGUACCGGUAUCUUCUUUGUUGCCUCCAGGGACGGUUGAUGAUCCUGCAAAUGCAACUGUUGCUACAAGUGCAGCAACAACUGAGCAUGACUCGCUUGUUUUGUUUCAGGCUCACUGGUGUUGAUCACAGAAUUCUGAGAAUGCUGAUCUUCAGUUGGGAAUUCUGGGAUUUGCGCUGGGUCUGUGUCUCCAUUGGUGGGUUUUCGACCAUUGUUCUCGUACCUAUAUAGUGAAGCGCUGUCAACCAAUGUUUUCAAGACAACAUUCGCCCAUGUGUGUGCCGAUUUCAUUCUUUUGAUCUUAGUGACUCUUGCAUGUCCUGCAUGCGAUUGAUGGUAAGCCAUUUAACAUGGAUAUUUUUAUAUACGAAAAAGUAUUUAUCACUAAAGAUAGAGAAAGGGUACUCACCGAAGCCAAGAAUAAGAAGCAGUGUCAUUAACACGAGCUUGAAAAAAUCGAUUAUUGUUGC